GUAGACUCUCGCGUAAAGUGCCGCGAUUGCUGUAAUUCCUUUCCGAAUCUCCAUUGAUAUAUCUCAUAUUGAUGCUCCGGGCGCUCGAGGGACUCGAUAUCGUUAAGAUCGCCAAAGCCUCGCAGUGGCUCUCGAGAUUUCCCGACGCCGGAAUUCGGAUGACGCUCGCCUCAACUUAAAGCCCGCGAGCCGGCUAUCGACUGUAUGUGUAUGUGUGUGUGUGUGUGUGUGUGCGCGCGCGACUUUCGGAUCCACGAGAAAAGCAUAUUGAAUUGCCAGGGCCGUGGUUAGGUUCGCAGAUCGCGCGAAAUGGAUUCGCGGCGAAGUCAGAGACGGGGAAGAGAGGUCGAAGGGCGACGUCGCAGCGAGGACGGCGGUCGAGGCGAGACGGAAGAAGCGGGAUUCCUGGACGAAGCUCAUGCGAGCUUAUGAACGCAAAGCAUCAUCCAAGGAAACAAUUGCUUCUCUCUGGGAGAUGACGGAGCUGCCCGAGGAACUACGAGAGGCCGUGAGGGAGGCUAAAAGGGAGAUCCGGCAAGCUGAACGGAGCGGUAAAACAAGAACGAGAGCGGAGAAGCUCGCCAAGAGAGCUCCGACGAGGAGCGUCACGGCUGCGGAAAAAUCUCGAGAGGCCCCGAGAAGCUCGCAAGAGGACGAGGAGGGGGAUCCUGCCAAGGAGGUCACUGCGAGGAGCACGAUGGCGAGAAUCCUCGCGGCGCGGAAAGGGAAGAGGGCCGUCAUGAUGGAUCCCUGCACUCCUUGGAAACCGCCCUCGCUCCUGAAGGAUUUGCAGAGUCUCCUCGGAGGUCCUUUGCCGGAAUCGAUCGAGGAAAAGACGAAUCUGGGGAUGGCUCGUAUAAAGGAGCUCGAGGCUGCUCGCGGUGGAGUUUAUCCGCGGAUUUCCGACUUCCACUCCAUCGAUUGACGUCGCGUUAUUCAAACGUUUCUGUGUUCUUCUCACGUCAAUGCCAUCGCGCCAUUCUUGAAAAGUUACGUUUCGUUCCUCCACCCUCAAUUUUUCCUGCGCCGGUUCUCGCGCGGUGGUAACGACGAAGAGAGAGAAUAUGUAUUUUUAUUUACAAUUUCUGUCUGAUUUGAAUAAUUACGCAACUACGUGUAGACUAGUUAGGAACUGUAAGAGCGGCCGUAUGGACGACUUGCGUCGAAUAGGUUAUGUUUAACGUUACUGCGACGAUGAAGCUGUACUGUAAGGCUCAAAAGAAACGCGCGAAUAAACGAGGCACUUUCCGUCACGCUAGUUUCGGCAAUAAAUAUUUGCGUGCGCAUAUCGUAUCUGCCGUCGCGUAUCCGUUUGCGGAAGUCUCUCGGUGCUCUCUAUCUUCUCGAGUAAAUCACAUCGUCGAUAGCAAUUCCCCGAUUUUCCGCGAUUCACGUGAAAAACCGGGUCGUGCAAACUGAUCUAAUCCCAUUCGCCCGAGGCUAUACACGGCGAUUCGUAUUAUCGCGAGUGGGGAAGCGAAGGGAACGACGGGAUAUCCUCCCAGGUCUUCGGGCGAUCCUGGAUGAUAAAUUCGUGCAGGAAGGGCCAACAUUCAAGGCCCGAUUCCGGUCCCCGACCGGACAACGGAGCAAGACGACAUUUCCUGUAAGGACACGACGUCCAGCUCGACUUCCGGCUUUCCACCGCCAGGACCUUGUCCUCUCUCUCGCGCGCGCGCACACACACAUACACAGAUUCACGUAUUCACGACGAUGUUGAGCUGAGCGAGGACCGUGCCUUCGUUCCACGACGGCGAAAAGUUGAGCGCUAUCGUUUCGCGCGGAUCGUUCCUUCUUCGCGCCGACACUGCUUCCUCGCGAAACUUUCGGCGUGCUUUGGCGCAAGUUGGAAUGGAAGUUUUCUUUCGCGCGCAAUUCCGAUCCCGUCAGAGAGAAGUGGAACGGCCGAUUCGGGAGGGGAAUACGACAGGCGAGCGCAACACGUUCGCUAUUUAAUCUCGGCCGGUAGAAACACCGAGCGCGACGUGGGAGUCACGCUCGGUCUCGAUUGCGUGGCGCAAUGCGGCGAGCAAAAACUUCGACAGAAGUCGGCGCCGAGUGAAUGGCGAAAUCGCGGGAUUUUACCCGGACGCGUAGUAUAAGCGGAAAUCAAUCGAUAUCGGGCCUAAAGUUUCACCCAAACGGUUAUACGAAGUCGAAUGAAAACCUUAACCCUUUAACG